AUGGGUCUUUAUGAAGCUCUCAAUGAUAUGGGUCUUUAUGAAGCUCUCAAUGACAUGGGUCUUUAUGAAACUCUUUAUGACAUGAGUCUUUAUGAAACUCUUAAUGACAUGGGUCUUUAUGAAACUCUUUAUGACAUGAGUCUUUAUGAAACUCUUAAUGACAUGGGUCUUUAUGAAACUCUUUAUGACAUGAGUGUUUAUGAAACUCUUAAUGACAUGGGUCUUUAUGAAACUCUUAAUGACAUGGGUCUUUAUGAAAUUCUUAAUGGCAUGGGUCUUUAUGAAACUCUUUAUGACAUGAAUCUCUAUGAAAUUCUUAAUGACAUGAGUCUUUAUGAAACUCUUAAUGACAUGGGUCUUUAUCAAGCUCUCAAUGACAUGGGUCUUUAUGAAGCUCUAAAUGACAUGGGUCUUUAUGAAACUCUUUAUGACAUGAAUCUUUAUGAAACUCUUAAUGGCAUGGGUCAUUAUGAAGCUCUUUAUGACACAAAUCUUUAUGAAGCUCUCAAUGGCAUGGGUGAUUAUGAAGCUCUAAAUGACAUUAGGCUUUAUGAAACUCUUAAUGACAUGAGUCUUUAUGAACCUCUCAGUGACAUGGGUCUUUAUGACAUGAAUCUUUAUGAAGCUCUUUAUGACAUGAAUCUUUAUGAAGCUCUUUAUGACAUGAAUCUUUAUGAAGCUCUCAAUGGCAUGGGUCAUUAUGAAGAUCUAAAUGAUAUGGGUCAUUAUGAAGCUCUCAAUGGCAUGGGUCUUUAUGAAACUCUUAAUGACAUGGGUCUUUUUGAUCUCUGA